GCAAGUCGCUUCCGUCGUGGUGGAGAACCUUACAAAAACAGGUCUCGACCAUUGGGAAUUUUUGGGUCCCUUGGCUCUCUUCUCUGGUCUGCCCUCUGUCUCCCUCUCGUCUUUGAUUUCAUAAUCAAUGCUCCCUGGGUUUCCUAUCGGCUUCUUUCGGUACAGAAAGUCUCUGGUCCACUCGGCCCGGAUGCGGUUCAUGACGACACGAUUAUGGCCGAUUCUUCACCGGGCUGCCGAACCAGCGUCCGACCGUUGAGAGUAUGGAAGUAUAUAACAAAAUUGGAGGGGUGUGAAAAUUUCUGCUCGAAGCAGAAACGGCCCUUUUUUGCUGUUGCUGCUGCUGCUCACCAUGAGUGUUUCCGAAAGUAGACGCCCGUCGAUGCGACGGGCCAGCACGGCGCAUACCAAUGAUUUCGACGAUUCCUUUUUCGGCCGGGUUCGAUCUUUCUUUCACCGUGAUCGACAUGUCGGCGUCGUCAGUCGCAAUGAGUUGCGCGACAAGGAGGACCUUGAGAUUCAUACCUGGAAAGGGAAGAAUGAUCCGGAUAAUCCAUUCAACUGGAGUCCAACCUAUAAGUGGGUUCUGACCGUCACGGUGUGCUUCAUCUCCAUCCUCACCGGUAUUCCCGCGGGUUCCUACGGCGCGGGCAACGACUACAUGGAGGAGCGGUUCCACGUCCAAAACACCCCAUUCCCCAACCUCUACUGGGCGACCACCUCCUGGAACAUGGGGGCCGCCUUCUGGCCGCUGAUCUUCGUGCCCCUCACCGAGGCCUCGGGCCGCAUGCCGGGGUAUUUCGUGGCGUACAUCCUCCUGAUCAUCUCGCUGUUCCCCUCGGCGUUUGCGCAGAACUAUGCGACGCUGGUGGUGACGCGGUUCUUCGGCGGGGGCGCCUCGUCGGUCUCGAUCAAUAUCGUGGGCGGGAGUAUCAGUGAUGUCUGGUACGGUGAUAAGGCGCGCAGUCUGCCGAUGUCGCUGUUUGGGCUGACCAGUGUGAUUGGGAUUGCACUGGGUCCGUUCAUCGGGUCUGCGAUCGUUCAGAUCCAUAAGAAUGAUCCCUGGCGAUGGAUCUUCUACAUCCAAAUCAUCUACCUGACCGGCCUCCUCCCCAUCUUCUGGUUCAUCCUGCACGAGACCCGCGCGGACGUGAUCCUGAAGCGGCGCGCGAAGGAAAUUCGGCGCGAGACCGGCCGCCCGAUCUACGCAGAGGCGGAGUUGGACAACACGAGCGUGUGGCGACUGCUGCAGAUCUCGUUCGAGCGGCCGACGCGCAUGCUGCUGACGGAACCAGUGGUGAUCUUCUUCACGCUGUGGAUCAGUUUCGCGUGGGGGAUUCUGUAUCUGUUCUUCAGCUCGGUGGUGCAGACCUACUCGACCAACUACGGCUGGGGCACGCUGCAGACGGGGCUGGUCCAGCUGGCGAUCUCCGUGGGUGCGUUGAUCGGCACGGCCGUCAACCCGCUCCAGGACAUGCUGUACCUGAAGUCGGCGCGCCGCAACACCGAGAUCCCCGGCCGCCCUAUCCCCGAGGCGCGCCUGUACACCAGCGUGGUGGGCAGUGUGCUCUUUGCCGGCGGGCUGUUCUGGUACGGGUGGGCUAGCUUCCCGUUCGUGCACUGGAUCGUCCCGACGUGCGGCAUUGCCGCCGCGGGACUGGGCAUCUACUCCAUCUACAUGGCUGUCGUCAACUAUCUGACCGAUGCGUAUGAGAAGUAUGCGGCCUCGGCGCUGAGCGCCGCCAGUCUGGGUCGCAACUCGUUUGGCGCCUUCUUGCCGCUGGCCAGCUAUCAAUUGUUCGAUACGCUGGGCUUUGGCUGGGCGGGCUCGUUGUUGGGAUUCAUCGGGCUGGCGUUGUCAAUCGUGCCGGUGGUGUUGAUCCUGAAGGGGCCUGAGAUCCGGCGGAGGAGUCCGUUCAUGCGCGAGUCGACGUUUGGGGCCGACGACGAGGUCGAGGUCGAGAAGGAGGAGCAGGAGGAUGUCGAGGCGGGCUCGACCAGUGGUGGUCGUCCCGGUGGAGGCAUGAGGGAGCGGGUCGUCACCAUGAAUGAGACGCGGCAUAAUGGAUUCCCGCAGCAUGAUAUGCGGCGGGAGAGGAUGCGCCGGGGCAGGACGGAGAGCGGGCAGUGGGGGGAGGAAGAGAUGGUGGACGAGGGAUAUAGAGGGUGAUUAUGCGUAUCUUUAUUGUGGUGCAUAUUAUGGCUGUAUAGGUCCGGACUGGGUGUAUAGGUUUGGUUUGGUUUGGGGGUCUGGAAAAGUGUUGGGCACUUGAUAUCUGUCUAUGACUUGAUUAUGUCUUUUAAUGUUGCGCUUCACCUUUAGAUUAAUGACUUCAUAUUAUCGGCAC